GUAUUUUUUAGUUACAGUUCAAUGUAGAUCAAUAUAUAUAUACAAUUUUGGCCAAAUUGAAAUUUUGAAAAAUGUUAAUGUAUCUGCAGGGAUGUACUUUCCACCAAAACCACUCAGAGGCUAUUUUCUAUCAUAUAGGUCAUGAUAUGUGGGUAUCAGAAAAUGAGUACACUGGAUUCAUAAACAAAUCAACGACACCUCAAGCAGCAACCAACAUUACGACGUUAGUUUUUACAAUGGAGAAACUACUAUCAAGUACUAAAACAGGCUUCAAAAGCAGAAGAAAUGGAGUCGGAAAAGAACAAUGUGGUACAUUAGACCCCGUAAAAUUAGCUGUCUGUGAAGCAUUUUAUAAAUUCCGGGUGGAAAAUGAGUAUACUCCCGUAACAACGGAAGAUGACAAAAAUUGAGUUGUUGAUAUGACGAGAUAUAGUUAUUAUCUGCGUAAUAUAAAAAAUAUAAACUGUGCUUAUAAAUCCUUAAUCAAGUUCUGAAAAAUAAUGCAUGCAUAUAUUACAAGCAUGCAUAUAUACGUAUACACUACAGUGUACAGUUUAUUUUAUUGAGAAAAAUCUCUGAAAGGAACUAAAAUAAUGUGUGUGACAUAUAGAAAGGCAGAAAGAGAGUUGCUUAAGGGGAGGUGGGAGCUAUAGCUUAUCAAAUCCGCCACGAGGUAUUUAGUAUUUCAAAUGCCAAAAUAAAACUAAAAGCCGUAUUGACAUUUUCUUUCGGUAGAAUGAUUCACUUAUCUCAAACCUAUGGCGCUCUGCUCAUAAUAUUGAUGCAAUUUCAAAUUAAAAAAAAGUUAAUAAAUAAAAUUGGUAUUUGAAGUUGGCGCUGUAAUCGCCUAAACACGCGUAAACACCCGCUCGUAUUUCAUAACUUUUACAAAAACCAAAAGUCUGAUUGGUAUUUUUUUUCGGUAGAAUGAUUCACUUAACUCAACACUAUGGCGCUCUGGUCUUGGUUUUUCAUUGCAAGCUUUAUUCAAAAAGUUAUAUGGAACAGAAAAACAGUGUUUUGCUAUUGCAACAGCAAAUAAUUAAUACUUUGCAUAUAGUUACACUGUGUGUUUAAAAAAAAAAAUGUAAGUAUGACAAAAAAAAAAUGAUUAACAUAUGUAUGUGUAUAAUAUAUAUCUUACACUUGUAAAUGAUUUGGUGUUGAGCUGACUUAAUUUCUGCUUGACCAUAUGUUGUACUGAGUUUUGACUCAUGACCUGUAAUAUAAAAAAAUUGCACGUUAAAAGCCUUAAUUAGAAAAAAAUCAAGCUACAAAAUACUUUGAUUUCUGAUCUACUGUUUUAAUCGAUGGUUUUUUGGUACAAUCAGAGUCUGACGACGAAGCAGUGACUAAUAGUUUUGACGGAGUCUCCUUUACUCUUUUACUUGAGAUUUUGGAGACUAGCAUUUUUUGGUAUCUAUAAUAGGAAUAAAGGUAUAUGUGAAAUAUAUUUGUAUAAAAAGCCAAGCCUUAAAUAAAAAUAAUAUUGCUUAGAACAAACCAAA